CAGCCGAGUUUCCUUCUUGGCAACAACUGCAGUUUGCCAUUGCCUUUCCCAGGAUGUUGUUUGAUUUCCCAAUCUGUACGUACAGCCCUGGGAUUUCCUGGUGGUGUCCCAUCCAAACACUAACCAUAUCUAAUCCUGCUUAGCCUCCGACACCAGAUAAUGUCGGCUGAAUACUGCCAUCUGCUGAGACCAGAAUGGACUAAUCUUGGCCUCCCCAAUUAUACACUGCUGUCUCCCAAGGAGAUGAAUCUAUGAAUUUUUCUCCCUGUUAUUUCCAUUUCAGACAUCCUAUAACAUAUUUGCUCUGUCCUCCUUGUGUAAGAUUAUUCCAUUCAUCCCAAAUUCCCUUCUCAGUUAAUCUCUUUCCAAUCUAGGUCUGUGCAGAGUCCAAGCCAUCAUGUCAAAGCUUGCCCAAACUGGCAAACUGGUGAAGGGAACUGCUGGAAGUGUGAUCCGGUCAAUCAUCAAAGCUGGACAGGCCGUUCCAGGUCCACCUCUGGGACCUCUUCUUGGACAGUACGGCAUUCCCAUUGGACAGUUCUGCAAGGAUUUCAAUGAGCGGACAAAGGACUUCAUACCAGGGAUCCCACUGCCCACCCAGAUUGACAUCAAGUCUGACAGGUCCUACGAACUUCAGAUAAACAAGCCAACAGCCACCUAUUUUUUACUUUCAGCGGCUGGCGUAGAAAAGGGAGCUUCAUCUCCUGGCCACGAGGUCGCCGGGAUGCUGACUCUGAAGCACCUGUACGAAAUCGCUCUGGUGAAAUCCCAGGACUCCGCAUUUGUGCUCCGCGACAUGCCUCUAGAGACGGUCAUCAAGACCCUGAUUGGGAGCGCCCGGUCGAUGGGCAUCAAAGUGGUGAAAGAAUUGAAUGCAGAAGAAUAUGGAGUCUUCCUGAAGGAGCACGAAGAGAAGCUGGCAGCUGAGGCCGAAGCCAGAGCAGCUGAACGGGUAGCAAAGAAAAAAGAGACUGUGGCGGCCUCUAUUGCUACCGCAGCCUGAAGGGCAGAGCCCUUGGAAAGGUGAUGCUCUAAGCAAGGGUCUUGCCCCAUCCCCUCACGGCCUGGGAGUUGAAAUCUGCACAGAGUCCAGCUGGCUGAAGCAGAGCAGGAAGAAAUGCUCAAAGGCAGGAGACUUGGGGCUGCCAAACUGGGUUGCUGUGUAAUUAUUGUCAGAGCCUUUUAAAUUAACUGUGGCAAGCCCAAAUCUCCCAGGCCUGGCCCAUGUUGGUGUGUCUGUCUUGGUCGUCCAGAUUCCUGGGUUCUGUCUUUCAUGGGCGUAGGACAAAGCUCAUGUCUCUCUGUUAGUCAGAAGAAUAAACCUGUUGGAUAUUAAUUUCCAA